CGUCGCAUCCUUCAGCAAGCUUGCAUCCAUGCAGGGUGUACCAGACAUCUAGACUGACUGUCCCUGCGCCAUGUUGACGAACGCCCGCUGGAACCGACCAUCGUCCCGGGUCGUCGGAUGCGGCGUACUAGCGGCAGUCUGCGUAUCACUGGUGUAUCUCGGCCAAGUCCAGGACCCGUACUGGACAGCCGGACGGACGAGCCAGAUCGACCCGGACUCGCUAGGAGCAGAGGAUCACGGUUCUGCAGGAUCAUGGUUAGAAGGCCUCGAAGUACUUCCUGCCAAACCGGAAGAUGUAGAUGAAAGCUCAGCCGGGAUAGAUACGGAGCCGGACCCAUGGGAACUGGUUCCAACGGUCGAUUUCAGUACUGCACCGGACAGAGAAUAUAAAGAGGAGACCGAAGCAAGGCUCAGGAGCUUGGCAGAAUGUAUGGAUUCUGGACGAUGUCCGAAGAACAGGCAAUCGGUGGCUAUAUUAGCAAGUCUACCCUGUUACAUGACAGUAUAUCACGAUUACAUGGGAGGCGAAGGAAUCUGGUGUAGAGCGAUGAUCAAAUCCCUAGAAAGACAAGGAUAUACGGUCCUGUACGCUCGGGAUGAUUGGAGUUAUGUGGACGAGGUCUAUCGUCGGAUACCUGAUCAGGUCAAAGUGGUCAUCGGGGACGACAUGGUCCGGGCCGACAAGAUCUUCAGGACGCCCGAAGACCCGGCAGCUCUACCAGCUUGGAAGACGAUCGUCAUGUGGUUCUUCCCCGUCGUCGGCAGGUCUCCCGUGGGGAACCCAUGGCACAUCUCGGCGGAACCUGGGCCGGAACAUUGGAACGCGACGUUCAUCGGCUACGACAUGACAUGCCCCGGAACCCCCAUCCCCACCUCGGACCGCAACAACCAAGUCUACAUCCUCGCCAAACGUCUCAAAUACUUUUACGACAUCUCCCCCGCGUGGAACGUCACCUUCUUCCCCCGAGCCGCCCUCGAGCUCUCAGCCGAUUUCCCUGGGUUCGAGUUCGUCGCCGGGUACAAGGACGAGGAUGAGCCGACCAAGAUGGGUUUCCCCGGGGGGAUGGCUUAUCCAGAGGGGGUGAGGAAUCUGGGAAGGUUGUCACCGGAGGAAUUUGCUAGGCAUGUCAAGGAGAGCAAGGCCUUGCUUGGGAUCGGAUCGCCGCCGCAGAGUCCGAGUCCUUAUCAUGCGCUCUGUCAGGGAGUGCCGUUUAUCAACCCGGUGGUAUUAUCACACGAAGAUAGGGAUGCUAUGGACCCCGCCAACUGGAAAUCAGCUCAACACUCUACCGUCGCUCGAUUGCCUGAACCGUACAACUACGCUGCGGUCGCUUGGGAUUACGAUUCGUUCGUCCGAGCGAUCCGCUCGGCUUUGACCCAUUCGACGCCUAGGUAUCGGUUCGACCACAUGGCCUCAGAAUCGCUCGACGCCAGGAUGGACGAGUUGAUGAACCGGGAUUGGUUCGGGAUGGCCCAGGAGGUCAAGCGUCUGAGGGAUCUCGGCGAGGACAAGUCGUUCAGCAAGGACAAGAUUUUCCACUUGUAGAAGGGUUGUUUUUCUUUUGCGCGGAUUUUUUCCUAGAGGGUUUAUUCGAGCAUUUGUACUGUUUUUCUCUGUUUGUUUUUUGGGUCCGAAGGUCGAUUCCCGCGCGUUGCUCGCGUGCCAUGCUGUCUCGCUUCUCCGCGACCCAUCGUGUUCCUUCGCUUCGAUUCUGCC